AUAUUCGCGCUACCCUGUUUCUGUGGGAGAAGACAUGAUGAUGGUCGCAAAAAUUUUUCUAUGGACAUUGUUUGUGGUCGUUAAUUCCACGUGCCAGAAAUGUUGGCCAAGCACUCCGUCAGUGGUCCGAUGUUUGGAAGCGAGACAAAUGCAGUGCGUGGAACUGAUGUUGGGAACGGAAGGUAUUAAAGACCUUUGGGUGUGGAGCUGUCAAACGCAGCUAAAAUUCGGAGGGGAGAACACUGACAGUGGGGCGAUCAUUGGAGUAGACCUAAUAAGAGACAGAUUUGGAAGAAAGUGUCACAGUCGUGCACGAACACUUGGUGUAGAUAUGAAGUCAUCAUCGACUAUGACACCUGUCGGGACCGGAGAACAGAGUUCAUCUUCUCCAUCACCCCAUGAUCAAACUAUUGCUGUUACUAGUGUUAGUCAGACAACUGUGGCACCUGUCACCACAGCCGGGACCGGAGAACAGAGUUCAUCUUCUCCAUCACCCCAUGAUCAAACUACUGCUGUUACUAUUGUUAGUCAGACAACUGUGGCACCUGUCGGGACCGGAGAACAGAGUUCAUCAUCAGUGAUAUCAGCUUAUACAGUGAUGAAUCGAAAAUCUACUAUUAGAGCUAUGACUGGAAAAAGGAUGUGGAAAAGGAUUUCUAAACAGUUACAUCCAAAGGAAUACGGAACCAGUUCAACACCAACAUCUGGAGAUAGUUCGUUCGAUCAACCAGAAGUGUCAGACAUGGCGAACAAUAGUCUCUUGAAAGAAAUUCUGGACUCCUUGCACGAUGAGGACAGCCUCAAUUUGUUUGCUGCAGCCAAUGGUUUAAUCGGAGAUGUUGAAGUAGAAAACCGAUUGAAUGAACUCCACAUGGAUAAUUUAUGGGAGGAGCUUCUCCUUGACGUGGAACCUAUUUUAAAGAGACUUCGACAAUCGAAUGACGAUGAUGAUGAUCAAGCAUCUACCAGCAUACAGUGGGGAGGUGGGGAUGAAGAAAAAGAAGAGAAACCUUACUUCAUAUGGAAAAAGGAUACCCGAACCUUCAAAAAGAGCCUGGCCCGAGACACAAGUUUUAAGGUCAAAUUCAAUGAUCAAUGGCAAGGAGAAAAAUUGGUCGACAUUUACCAAAAAUUUGCACGACAUGUUUGA